GUUUACUCAUUUAGUUAUUCUUAAAAUAAUCUCUUUGUGAAGAAGUUUUCUAUAAAAUAAUAAUAUUUAAAAAAAAAUGUUAUUGAAAAUCUUUUUGAUAUUAGCAGUACUCACAAUUGCAAAUUCAGCUCCAAAUCCUGAACCAAAUAUGGAAAUUUCGAAUCCUGAAGUUGUUGAUCAAGCAUUUUUGACGAGAUUUGUUCGUUCAGCAGAUCCAACUCCAUGUUGCUCUUGUGCAUCACAUAGAACACAAAGAUGUAGUCCUGCUUGUUGCAGAGGAUGAACAAAGUGCAUCGCUUGAAAUCCAAUCUAAAAAUAUAAAAAAAUUAAUUAAAACAAACAGAAACUCCAUAAGGAAAUUUAAAAUUCAAAUUUGAAACUAAUAUAAAAAUUCAAGAAGUUUCACAAUGUUUUUCAAAGUCUUUAUCAUGUUAGCAAUCAUCAGCAUUGCAAAUUCAGCUCCUCAAAGAUCAAAUGAAGAAUUUGCUGUUAAUGACUUACCAAAAGAAUUUUUAACAAGAUUUGUUCGUUCUGCUGAUCCAAAUCCACAGUGUUGCUUAUGCAAUUCCCAAAGUGGUGGUUGUAGUCCUCUGUGUUGUCGAUUUGGGCGUUAAAUAUCAUAAACCAACAAUAUCAAGUUUAUUAAAAUAAGAAAAAAAUAAAAUUUUAAUUAAAACAAACAAUUUUUCACAUUAAUUCAUAUCGCAAGUAAUAACCGCAAGGUGUUAUGAUUGAUGAGAUUCGAUCGAUUAAUUUAAAAUUCUAAUGUGAUUCACAAUAUGUUAGAAAAAACAGCUUAUGAGAAUUUAUAAAGCAGUUAUUGAAUCAUUUUAACUUUUAAUUCUAAGAAAUAAAGUUCAUUUUUAACAAAGAUCCUGAUGAAAAAUUUAUUUAAAAUCUGUCUUUUGUUGGGGAUGAUUUUACAACUUAAAUCAUCAAAAGAGAUCAAUGACGAACAAAAUUUAAUAUUUAAUGAAGAACAGUUACUUACAAAAGUUCAAACCUCAAAUCGAUUUCCAAGAAAAAUUUGUUGUCGAUGCAUUUCACAUAAGAGGCGAUGUAACCCACUCUGUUGUUGAUUUGUGGUCUAAAAAAUACAGAAAAAUAAAUAAAUAGGUUCAAUUUGUAUGGAAAAUUUAUAAAUUUUAGGUUUUUCCGAACAUAAAGUCACAUAAAUUUAAUAAAUAUUGAAGAUUAUUACUCUAAUUUGCAAUCCCGUUUAAUGCCUUGAUGUGUUAGUCGAGUUCAAAACUAUUUAAAGCUCAUGUAAAAUUGCGAUAUUUAGUAUUCCAACAAAAUUUGUCGUGAAGUUAACAAGUACGAUCUUCUUAAAAAAUGAAAAAUUUCUUCAAACUUUGUUUGCUGUUCGCAACAAUCGUUGCUGUGACGUCAUACGGGUCUUACGACAGUGAUUCAAGCGAAGAAAUUUUGAGAGAUAUAAUUUAUUCAAGAUUUGGUCAAACUGGUUCGGGACAAGGAGGACAAGGAUUUUCAGGGCAAGGUUCUUCAGGACAAAGUUCAUCGGGACAAAGUUCAUCGGGACAAAGUUCUUCAGGACAAAAUUCUUCAGGUCAAAGUGGUUCGGAUCAAAAUUCUUCAGGUUCUUCGGGACAAAGUUCUUCAGGACAAAAUUCUUCAAGUCAAAGCGGCUCGGAUCAAAAUUCUUCAGGUUCUUCGGGACAAAGUUCUUCAAGUAAUACGGAUCAAAGCUCUUCAGGGCAAAGCUCCAACGAUCAAAAUAUUUCGGGAUCAUCCAACACAGAAGAAGGUUCAUCACAAACUGAUGCUGCUGAACAAAAUUCCGGAUCUUCACAGUGUUGCCAAUAAUUUUUUUGAAAAAAAAAUGGAUCACUCACAGUGGAUUAUGAAGCCUCUCAAACGAAGUGACUAAAACAAAUUCAUUUUGUUUCAAUUUUUUUCAAUCUCUGGCUUAAUAAUAAAAAAAAACUCUCUGUGACAUUCCUCCCUCGUGAUUCAAAAUUUUUCACACAACUUGUGAUGUGAUUCAGUUCGUUCAAUCAUUCAUUCAUACAUUUUCUCGAAGUUUAGAAAGAUAUUCAUUGUUUUGUGUAGAUUUCGUCUUCAAGUCUCUCGAAAUUGCCAUCCUGCAUGUUAUAAUCUUCCUUGAAUUGCUCUAAAAUUAAAGAAAAAUUAAUACAUAAAAAUUUUUUCUUAAAAUUUGAGAAUAAUUUUAUAAAAAAUAAGUAAAUUUGAACAAAAACGAGUACUUUGAACUUUAAAUAUCAGUUCUCGAUGUCGCAGCGUGAGAAAUUUUUAAUCAGUUGUUCGCUUUUACAUUGACAUUGAA